ACGGCGACGGUGGCGUCGGUGGCAAAAAGUUUAUAAUCAUCCGCGCUGACAGAGCAAAAGAGACGGCAAAUAGAGACGGAGGGAGAGAGAGAGAGCGAGCGGAGAAAAAUCGGAAAAUCGUUAUGCGACUACUAUAACCCACCACAAAAUCGCGGUCGUCUCUGUUGUUGCCGGGCACCUCACACUCGCGCAUCGAUUCCGAUUGCGAUUCAGGAUCUGAAUCCUCUGACACAGCAGCCGCAUUUGAAUUUUUUGCCUGGUUUGUGCUGGAAAAGCCCUAUAAAAUAAAUAAAAUGGAUCCCUCGAAUCUUGCUUUUGGGUUUCCCGGACUCCCCAACCACGGACACAUGCCAAUACCUCCCACCGCCAAUAUGCUUGGAGGCCAGCAUCCAGCACCCACCGCCAGUCCACCACAAAGCGUCCCCGGCCGUCGGACGCCACUUGGAUCGGUUGGUCUGGGUGGUUUCUAUGCCCAGGGAAUGGGCAUGACCCAGCAGCCACCGACGGAUGAGAACAAACCAGGGCCCAGUGCUCCGGAAAAGCCAUUGAGUCCAACGGCCGCCGCCAUCGCAGCCAUUGCCAUCAGUGGUGGCACCACCACCGUGGCCGUGUCCAGUGGUGGCGCCAGCGGAAGUGGCUCCAACAGUGGCAAGCAAAAAAACCGUCAAGGAAAGACAGUGAGGCUGAACAUAAAUGCCCGGGAACGACGUAGGAUGCACGAUUUGAAUGAUGCCCUUGAUGAGCUGAGAAGUGUGAUUCCUUAUGCGCAUUCACCUUCUGUGCGAAAGCUGUCGAAAAUAGCCACCUUGUUGCUGGCUAAGAACUACAUUCUGAUGCAGCAAAAUGCACUCGAGGAGUUGAGAAGACUACUGGCCUAUAUACAAAGCACCACGGGAGCAGCGCCAUUGGAUUUGGGUGCUUUUCCGGCGGCAGCCAAGUUGCAGGCUCUUCUUCAAGGACCUCACAACGAACCACCGACUAGCAGCAGUUAAAUAAGAGUGCGAGCCACCAUAAACUAUGGUUAAACUGAUAAGCAAUCCAUUUAUGAGCAAUACUUUUAAGUCAAUUGGAAAGAAAAUGCCAAAUACUUGUGUACUAGUCAGACGAAAGGAGGUUGAUAAGCAGCCUCUUAUCAGAGCAGCCAAGUGAAAAUCUGUUCAGUGAUAUUUAUUUUUGUCAUAAGCAUUUCUUAUUUAUGCAUUUACCUAAUGUCAACCAAUAUGUGUAAGAUGAAUAUUACCGAAUAAAGUAUUAUUGAAGUAGAAA